GCUCAGACCAGCUGGAUCGCUGUUUCCAUUCAGGAGCUUAGUUGAAUGGAGAGGGAAGAGGGGUUAUUCACUAUCCAUCAGGGCAAUUCUGAGCCCGAUUUAUAGUCUUUAAAAGCCCGCACGAUAGCUGUAGCAUAACUGAGUUGGACGACAUACCAACGGCGGAUCAAUUAGUCAGACAAGGGGGGUCGUCGCUAACUAUUGUUGAAGGGAUCCGCCGGCAUUGUGGUAUUCUCCUCCCUACAUGCCAUGCAACCUGAGUGAUCUCACAACUCCCCCCAACAAAAAGCAUCAUGAAUCCUAUCCCAAUUAUAGUGUGCGGCAAAUCCCCCAAGGUUGCCACUGGUGUCAUUAAUCGCAUCCGACCGGUAUAUGAAGCGAUUCACAUUAUCCAGUCAGUCGAGGCUGGGGUGAGGGACAUUCCAUCGUUGAUAGAGGGACGUCCUCCUCCCUACAAGGAUACCGCAAAUCUCGGAACCCAAAAGUACGGCAAAAGGGCCGCAGCGGUCGUGGUCGGAGGUGGAUACGACGAUGCCAACUUCGCACAGCUACGAAGUGCCUGCGAAGGGAAGAGCAAGAUCCCGUGGCUGCGUCACGACAUAAGCAAGGACUUUGAUCCACGGCAACCUAGACGGGAGAUUGGGGUAGAAUAUGGCGAACAGACUGGGAAGAAAGUUGUGGAUUGCUUGCAGGAUUUGGCGCGGAGGGGGAAAAUGAAAGAGGAUGGGGUGUACUGGUUCUAGCUUUUGGAGGCACUUUUCUUUUCAGCCUCGCGGGAACUUCAACUUCCCUUCGCUUUUUACUUCUUAUAUUUUCCCUCAUACAAAAUCUGCUGCACCCUCGGAGUUAUCAUGAC